GUGACGUUGUUUCCGGCGGAAGUAAGACAGACUCCCAGAUAGAGAGAGGGUGAGAGAAGGAUAGGGCAUAAAAUAAUGGAGGGGCAAUAGAGAUGCCUGUACUCAAUGGAGAUGCAGAUGGACCGAUUGCAGCAGAAGUCAUGACUGAAGUGGAACAAGAUCCUGUUGGAAAUGGAGACCUGGGAAUGAAGCAACAUGAUAGCUCACGGGAGAAUUGGGUCACCAUUGGAGCAACAGUUCCAACCGGCUUUGAGAGCACUGCUGCUGAGGAAGUCUUGGAAAAGAUUGGAUCUGAGUCCAGGAUCAGUAAGGAUCGAGGAAAGAUCUAUUUUGAGGUGUCCACAGAUAAUCUUUUUCAGAUUCAUCUUUUGAGAUCUGUUGAUAAUCUGUUUGUUGUUAUCCAGGAGUUUCCCCAUUACCAGUUUGGUGAAACCAAGGAAAGUGUACUCGAGGACUUCAGACUGUUGGCUCGCCAGCUUCUUUGGACCUGUCCCCUUAAAGUUUGGGAAUUGAACAACAGUCUGAAGAAAAGGAAGGGCCAGCGCAGGAAAAGCAGCCGAGGAUGUGGCCUACAUCCAGAAGCAUCACAAGAGACUGAUAAAAUUAAAGAUGGCCAAUUGGAGCCUGCUUCCUCUGACCAAUCGUCGACUGGAGAUCCAGCACAUCCCGGGACAGGAUUGCCCAUUAUCCAUUCUGGGGCAAGUGGUGACCAGCCUGAUGAAAUGGAGGAGUCCAGCAAUGCAGUCGCUGAUCGGGUGCUGCUCAGUGACCAAGCAAAGAUUUCACCUGAGGGGCUUCUAUCUGAGAAUGACAGCCAUCCAGCAGCAGGUGAGGAUGAAGGGAAAGGACUACGUCGCUUUCGAGUCACCUGCAACAGAAGUGGGGAGAAACACAACUUCACCUCAAUGGAGGCAGCCAGAGAAUUCGGCGGCGCAGUGCAGGAUUUCUUCAAGUGGAAGGCUGACAUGACCAAAUUUGAUGUGGAGAUCCUACUUAACAUUCAUGAUAAUGAAGUAGUGGUUGCUAUAGCCCUGACAGAGGAAAGUCUACACAAACGAAACAUAACACACUUUGGGCCUACAACUCUUCGAUCUACUUUAGCCUAUGGGAUGUUAAGGCUUUGUAAUCCUCAGCUAACUGACAUCAUUGUUGAUCCAAUGUGUGGAACUGGAGCUAUACCAAUUGAGGGAGCUUUAGAAUUCUCACAGUGUUACUUCCUUGGUGGAGACAACAACGUACUUGCCGUGAACAGAUCUGUAAAUAACAUCAACUCUCUACAGAAGAAGAGACUGGAGAAGGGAAGGAUUACCUGGGGCAUGCCAUUGGAUGUUGUCCAGUGGGACAUCUGUAAUCUGCCACUGAUGACCAGUUCUGUGGAUGUAAUUAUAUCGGAUAUGCCUUUUGGAAAGAGGAUAGGCUCGAGAAGGAAAAACUGGGACCUGUAUCCAGCCUGUCUACAGGAAAUGGGGCGUGUGUGCAGGCCAGAGACUGGCAGAGCAGCCCUCCUAACACAGGACAAGAAAUGCUUUAUAAAGGCCAUGUCAAGAAUGGGGCAUCUCUGGAGGAAGUCACACACUGUCUGGGUGAAUGUUGGAGGGCUCCAUGCUGCUGUAUACCUGCUGAAACGCACCAGUCUUUCCUUUGACAGGUUAUUUCAGAGACCCCAAGAUUCUGCUACUAGUGAGGAAAUUCCCUGUAAAACAGGGGCAAAAGAAUAAGUGGAGCUUGGAGUCUGCACUCACAAGGGAAAACAUUUUGUUUGGGAUAAAUAUGAGCCUUGCUGGAAAGGAGGGGACAUCCUUGAAUUGUUACUGUCAUUUUACACCCAGAAGACCAUAAUGAGGAGGAAAUGUGCACCCUCAUGCCUGUUAAUAUCGGGUGGAAUUUUUCAGACUUCUGAAGCCUCACCUUCUUGACAGGAGGAUGCAGGGUAAUUGUGAGCAGCCUUAAAAGAGCAAAUAUCUGUGAGAAUUAACAUGGGGAAAGAGAGAGAGCAAUUUGGAGAACUGAUAACCUCUGUAACACUGGAUAUCAACCUUUACCUCCAGGAACCAAAUGAGAACAUCCCCGAGUUCAGUUGCAUCGUGUUUUGAAGUAGAUCUAUUGCUGGACUUCAGUCAGCCUUCCACACAUCGGUUAUGAAUAUUGGUCAGAUGAGCAAAGCCAAAAAAAAUGGAACACUAACAAUGGGGAGAAUCUUUCCUUCAAAUGAACCAGAACCAGCAGUCUGCAAACAUUCUAAACUUCAGGUCAAGAGUUUCCUGUUCUGUCUGUGCAUAGAAAUACAGAACUCUUGUUGAAAGUUCAAAGCCAGUGUCAAAUAUUUAAUUUUUUUGGGGUGGCUUUGUGGUAUUAUAAUAAGAGGCUGAAAGGUAAAUGUUUAUUCUCCUCCUUUUCUAUAUGUUUAGUCUCCUUGCUGCUAAAUGAUUGAUGCUCUCCCUUUGAAAUGGUUGAAAUUUUCAACAAGAUUUCUUUUUCCAUGUCCAACCACUGUCAUAACCUUUUUAAAGUCAUGGGCUUUAAUAUCUUGCUUUAUGAAUGCAUUGCCUUGUACGAAAAUGGUGUGUGCAAGGCAGUAAUGUUCCCAGUUCAGUGCCUGGGUGCUGGUCUUAAUAGUUGCCUUCAUUGCCUCUAGAUUAUAGAGGUAAUGAGAGAUUAGUCACGAUUUCCAAGUGUAGGACUGUUGGUUAAUGAUUAAAUUAUCAUUUGCUGGUUAGCUUUUCAGGAGAAUGGGACUAGAAACAAAUGGCUGUAUGGACUAUAUUUGAUUUAUGCUUCACUAUUUUCUCAUGUAGACUGAAACUCCAACUAGUCUUUGAGUUAAACUCACAUUCUAGCACUUAUUUGGUGCCUUAACACAUGAAAAUGAAAACCAUCUGAGUACUUCACACUGUCUAUAGUGCAGUGACUGCUAAUGUAGACAUGUCUUCAAUUUAGGAUAUCCUCUGCAGUCUGCUGUGUAAUGGGAGGCAUAUCUUCAGCCUCAAGAUUGAAGACUGACCUAAUUGCCCUUAUCGCAUCUGCAUCAGGAUUAAAACUCAUUUAACAGAAAUACACGGGCUUAGCAGCACCUAUUGAGAGGGAAGCUGUGAAUAUUUCAGGUCAAACCUUUUCAGCCAUUGUUUUUCUUUCCACAGAUGCUGCCUGACAUGAGAUAAAUUCCAGCAUUUUCAGUUUUUAUUUCAGAUUUCUAGUAUCUGCAGCUUUUUGGUUUUGUACCAUUAAAUGUAACAUUGGUUACAUUAAACUGAAGAGUUUGCCCAGUGCUUUGAUGUACUGAGGGGUGUUUGUGAGACUGCAGCUGAACUCAAAUGAUACAUUUGUCAUGUUAGAAAAUUAUUUAAAUUUUACAAUAAAGUUUUGAUCUGA